ACAAUGUGGGAUCAUGUUUAUAGCUGUCUAUAAUGGCGUUCAUUCCAAUGGAAAGCAUUAGAAUAGCUAGCUAUGGUACAGUCUGAAAGAAGAGUAACAAAUUAGAACAUAACCAUGUGCUGCUGCUGUUGUGAGGACUGUAACUGCAGGCCUCUCGGCUUUCUUCUCGGCCUGCCAUUCGCCUUCCUCGCCCUCUUUGUUGGAUUUGUCGGUAUUAUUAUUUGGAUCUUUGGAUCGGUGCUCAGUUGCAUAUGUCCUUGCUGCUUGUGUGUGACUGUGGCAGUUGAAUUUGCAUUGGCUUUGAUCAAUGUUCCAAUUCUUGUCAUGAAAUGGUUCACCUCCAAAAUCCCAUGUUAGGAUGCCUUGCUUGAAGAUUAUACAAGAAAUAUUUAUCAAAUCUGUAUCAGAUAUUAAUAACUUGAUUGGCCAACUAGCAUGUUCAGUCAAUCAAGGUAUUACUAGCCUUCUUUGUUGGUUGAUAUGUUUUAGUUCUCAUAUUGCAAUGCUUGAAAUCUAAGAGACGAUAAUAGAAAACAUAUCUAGUUCUGGAUAAUUGGUUGAUUUUUCCUUUUCUAAGUUCAACUAUUCUAGAUUUGGGAGAUUAAACUAUCGAUAUUUGAGAUCAAAUCUAAUCAGUCAUUUGAAGGACAAAGACGAGUGCAUAAAUAUUGUCAAGAACAAAAAAGAUCAAGAACUUAAGGACCGGAUUACUCAGUGUGCAAUCUACUAUACGACCGUUCUAUGAAUCCGAAUUCCCUGAAAGUACAGCAGUUCACUUGGUUGAUCACUUCUUAACUCCAACCGUCCCCUGCUCCACUGCCAGAAGUUCAGCUGAAGCCUGUAUUGCAGCUUCCUCCUCCUCCUCUGCUGUCUAAGUCAGUUCUGCCACCGCUGCCAUCCAAAGAAAAGAGGUCGAUCUGGCCGAGAGUUGACGGAAUUCUACCACUCUUUGAGGCGGAGAGACUCCCGGGAAGACUGCAGCUCCGCCACGAUUGUGACACGAUCAGAUAAAAAUGGACGCAGAAACCAAAGGAGAUUACAUAAAGCAUCUGAUCAAAGUAGUUUGGAAUGUAGAAUUAACUGAGGAUGCUGUGACUUCUGUUAUAUGGCUGGAUGAUGAGCUAUCUUACCUGGUAUCAUUGUACCUUUCUUUCUUCUUCAUUACUGUCCCCAACUCAUCAUAUGUAUAUUGUUGUUAGGAGUGGAAACAAAAUUCCACAUUGGCUAGGGAAGAAACCGAUCACGGAUAUAGAAUGAAGACAAUUGUUUCCAUCUCUAUACGAGGCCUUUUGGAGAAACCAAAAUAAAAGCCACUAGGACAUCGGUGGAAAAUGGAGUUAGAAAGGCCCUUAAGUUCAGGAAUAUAUUGUGAGAUCUCACAUCGUUUGGAGAGGGGAACGAA